GCGCGCGGUGCGGCGCCCGGCCGGCGCGCCCGGCCCCCUCCGCACCUCCCGUCCGUGCCCGUGACGCCGCCUGGUGAUGCACUCAGCCAUGCUCUCCAUAUACGAGGCUCGCUCCAAGGUGCGCGUCAGGAGGAAGCUGAGGACGGCCCGCUCGGCGCUGCGCUCCUCCCGGCGACACCGUGGCGGCGGCGGCGGCAGCGGCACCAAGAUGCGCGUGCAGGACGCCAUCCAGCUGAUCGGCCAGGGCCGGCGGUACCACGCCAUCGUGCUCACCAUCUUGGCGCUCAACUUUAUGUUCAUUUCGCUGCACAUUUUCUCGGACCUGUUCCUGCGCCUGGAGCCGCGCCAUCACUGCCGGCUGCCCGAGAACGGCACCCGCGAACAGUGGAUCCCCUAUAAGAGGGAAAAAGGAAAAUUCUCGUCCUGCUACAUCUAUUCUGAGCCGCUGACGGACCAGGAAAUCUACAAAUAUCAUCCAUUGUACUUCGAUAACCAGCCGCCGAAACCACAUGAUAUCGUUGAACGAGAAAUAACAUCAUCAGAGCAGAAUCUGGCGUUAGACGACACGGAUGAGGCAGAAGACACGAGCCCUUCAGAAUACAAGCGGGAAAAGCUUCGAUGCUCCGAGUUCGAAUAUCAAGACACUCACGGAUCAACAAUGAUCACUGAGUGGGGCCUCUCGUGCGACAAGGACCGGCGUCUACACGCCUCCACAGUCAUCUGCGUGGCCAUGCUGCUGGGGGGCAUCAUGUUCGCGCCAUUCGUCGACAAGCUGGGUCGUAAGACGCUGCUGAUGAUGUGCUGCGUCCAGAACACACUGCUGGCCAUCGGAGUGACGUUCGUCGGCGACUUCAACUCGUACCUGGUCCUGCGCUUCCUGGCCCGGCUCUACAUCGAGGGUGUGGAGGUGGGCGUGCUGGUGCUGGCCGUGGAGCUGGUGCCCGCCAAGAACCGGCCGCUGGCGCCCUUCAUGCUGUUCGUGGCCUACUCCCUCGGCCACUGUCUGCUCCCCGUGCUCGCCUACUUCUUCAAGAGCUGGCGGUACUUCCAGCUGACGAUAGCGCUCGGGUCGGCUGUGCUCAUCCCAAUCACCAGUCUGAUCGUGCCCGAGUCGCUGAACUGGCUAGUGUCCUCCGGGCGACACAAGGAAGCCGAGAAGAUAAUUCGCCGGGCAGCACGACUCAACGGUCUCCAGCUGCCGGACAACUUCAGUUUGGACGAGAUGGACGACCAGGACAAGACGGACGAUAAAAAGGAGCCCGCCGCAGGCUCUCAGGCGGCCCACCGUCUGCAGCGGCGGGUCACCCAGAUGAACGGCCACGGGCGCUCCAAGCAGGGCGCCGGCGACUUCAUGCAGCACGAGAUACACGCCCACCUGGGCCACUGGUCCAAGCUGGCGGACAUGAUGAAAAACCACCAGCUGCGCAAACACUUCUGCAUCGUCUCCUAUGUCUGGGCCGUGGUAGGAUUCCUGUACUUUGGCCUGACGACGAGCACGAUGGAGUCCAAGGGGAACGUGUACCUCAACUACGGCCUGUCGGGCGUGGUAAUGAUCCCCGCGUGCGUCUCCGUCUUCCUCAUCCUCCGCAGGUUCGGCCGCAAGAAGCCCAUCAUGGCCAUGUUGUUCGGGUGCGGGCUGUCGGUGAUCGGCUCCACGCUGUGUCCGCUUCAGUCAGCGGACGGCACGGACCUGUACCCUCUGUACCUGCUGCUCAAGAUGCUGUCCAAGUACACUACGUUCUCGGCGCUAGUCUCGAUCCGGCUGCUCAUCAUCGAGAUCUUCCCCACCCCGGUGCGAGGCAGCCUGGUCGGCCUGACGGCCAUGUUCGGCCUGCUCGGCUCCGGACUCGGCUACUACUACUCGGUCAUGCUGGCGUUCUCGCGGUACGUGGGUGUGGCGGCCGGCUGCCUGGCGCUGGUCGCCGCUCUGCUGUGCCGCCUCCUCCCCGAGACGUCCAACCGUCCGCUGCCCGACACCAUCCACGACGUCAUGGAGGCCUACCGGGACGUGUUCGUCAACAUGCUCAGCAUGAUGGGCGGCGUCGGCGGAGGACCCGACGGCUCCGGCUCCGGCGGCGGCGGACAGGCGGAGAACGGCCGCGCCGCCAAGGGAUCGCAGAGGAAGAGGGCGUCGGUGCAGAAGGCGCCGCUGGCAGAGCCAGAGGAGCACGCGGCCAUGUUGACGGACAGGGAGCAGCCGAGCGGGUCGCGCAGAGCGAGCAAGGCGCCGGCCUGGACUCCCGACGUCUGACGAAGAAAUGGGGUGGAAGAGAGCGUGCAGAGACAGCGUCGAGAAUGGACAGUCCCUGACGCAGAGUGAGAAGGUGCUCAGAGACAGAUAUUCUGACUCUCAUUCGAAAUAUUAAAACUGUAUAUAAGUAACUUAGACAUGGGUGAGACGAUGUUAAGUGUCAAGAAGGCCUCAUGACAGUGCCUGGAUGAUGAAUCUCCCUUCACCGAUAUCAAUCAGCCAACUCGAUGCCUUUACACGCGGCAAGAGCAGAAACUAACGAUGGUGGAUGACUGUUGCUCGGCGAUUUCUGCUCUGAGGAGUGCACAGCAGAACUCGAGUGUCGACAUGGUAGCGUGCGAGUGCCAUAUAUUUCAUAUCGUGCAUCAGCGUCGCACAAGUGUGAGUGCUGUAAUUGCAAUCGCAGAGCAGCUAGGCCAAGCAGUGGCCCUUUCGUAGGCAGAGUCUAGUGGAGCUAAUAUCCGCCUCUGAAGGAGCCGACAUUGAAUGUUCGUGAUGAUAAGUGCCCAUAUCUUUAAAAAAAGACUAUAAGUAUCCGUGUCCGAAUUUCCAAACAAAGGAAACAUGACAAAGUCAAGUGCGUGUCAUUUAUACAAACUAAGCUGCACAUUGGCCGAGGCGAGGUUUCUCAGAUAGAACAUAUCGCAUGGUGGACUUUCAAAGCUCUUUUCCCAUUUAAUCCCACUCUUUUCCCCCAUUUAAUCCCCUCAAAGUUAACCAGUAAAUGACUCGAUAAACAUUAACCCAGUAAAAUGACCCAAUGCACAUUUUACCGACAGAGGGUCUUCUCAUUCAAUCACUGUAUGAAAGCGAAAUAUUUUAAAGUGAUGAGUGCAAGAACAUUGCGCACAUGCGAGUUUUCGUGCGAGGAAUUGACCCUAGGCCGUUUAAUCUGUUCAUCAUAUGUAGUUUUGCGAGUGUAGCCAGAUGAGCAAGAUGUAAUGAAGUGCCUACUUUGUUGUGCGCCGGUAGACGCCGGUAGACGCACCCUGUGCAGCUCUAAGCCUACGUAAGGCGAUGUACGAUGUAAGAAGCAUCGUCGAUGGCCAGAUGGCCACUAGGACAGAUGGUACCCAUAAGAAUGCCUUACGCACCAUACAACUGCGGGUGACCCUCGCGGGAUGUCGCCAAGGCACCUAUGUCAGUGGCAGCGGUUUCUUGUGGUUGAACCGCAACAGAACGAUGAUCGAAAGGUCUGUGACCUUUGUCUGCUGUAAAAUGGCGUGUUUUGUAUGCAGUGUUGACCUGGAUAUCGAUGAAUACAUAAGGUUUAGACA